AUGGCCACCACCAACUCGCUGAGGCUAUUGGUAGAUAGGUCGUACGGGGCCCUGGAGGCCAAGCAAACACGCAACGGCCAUCUCGUGCCCGUUUCUUGCAGCUGCGAGAAGCGGGGUGGAACCAUACCGGUCUUUGAUGUCUACCACAGCCCCGUGGGACAGAAGGAAAAGCGACCUGCGUCCACAAAAGUCCUCCACUUCAACGUUAGCUCCAUGCUCCCACAGAAACUUGACGACUUCGAGAUGGCCAUUGAUGGAUGCUACAUGGAUUGGAGUCUAGCUACCUUUUGUCACUUUAUGAAUAUCGGCAUCUGCACUAUGCUUAAACAGAAACUUCAUAACCGGAAGAUGCCCGCCGCCGGAUGCUACGCAAAUUGGGGUCUGGCUAUCACUAGUGGCUUUAUGAAUAUCGGCAUCUGCACUAUACUCAAACAGAAACUUUAUAAUUUCGAGAUAGCCGCUGUUUGA